AUGCGGCGGAAGGAGAAGCGGCUGCUGCAGGCGGCGGCGCUGGUGCUGGCGGCGCUGGUGGCGGCGCCCAACGUGGGGCUGUGGGCGCUGCAGCGCGAGCGGCGGCCCGACGGCGCCCCCGGGGCGGCGGAGGCGGCCGUCCGGCAGGGCUCCCACAAUCAGCAGAAGGCAGGAGAUGGGCCACAGCUGAAGGACUGGCACGACCUGGAAGCCAUCAGGAGGGAUGCACAGCGCGUAGGGCCCGGCGAGCAGGGGAGACCUUACCCCAUGUCGGACUCGGAGCGGGUAGACCAGGCAUAUCGGGAGAAUGGCUUCAAUAUCUACGUCAGUGACCGAAUCUCCCUGAAUCGCUCCCUCCCGGAUAUCCGGCACCCAAACUGCAACAGCAAACGCUACCUGGAGGUGCUCCCCAACACCAGCAUCAUCAUCCCCUUCCACAACGAGGGCUGGUCUUCCCUGCUGCGCACGGUGCACAGUGUGCUCCACCGUUCGCCCCCACAGCUGCUGGCCGAGGUCCUGCUGGUGGAUGACUUCAGUGACAGAGAGCACCUGAAGAAGCCACUGGAAGAUUACAUGGCCCGAUUCCCCAGCGUCAGGAUCCUUCGCACCAAGAAGCGGGAGGGACUGAUAAGGACCCGGAUGCUCGGCGCCUCCGCUGCCACCGGGGCUGUCAUCACCUUCCUAGACUCGCACUGUGAGGCCAAUGUCAACUGGCUGCCACCCCUGCUGGACCGCAUCGCACGGAACCACAAGGUCAUCGUGUGCCCCAUGAUCGAUGUCAUCGACCACGAUGACUUCCACUACGAGACGCAGGCAGGGGACGCCAUGCGGGGCGCCUUCGACUGGGAGAUGUACUACAAGCGCAUCCCCAUCCCGCCCGAGCUGCAGAAGGCUGACCCCAGCGACCCCUUUGAGUCGCCAGUGAUGGCUGGUGGGCUGUUUGCCGUGGACCGGAAGUGGUUCUGGGAGCUAGGCGGGUAUGACCCUGGCCUGGAGAUCUGGGGAGGGGAGCAGUACGAGAUCUCCUUCAAGGUAUGGAUGUGUGGGGGCCGCAUGGAGGACAUUCCCUGUUCCCGUGUGGGCCAUAUCUACCGCAAGUAUGUGCCCUACAAAGUGCCUGCCGGAGUCAGCCUCGCCAGGAACCUGAAGCGUGUGGCAGAGGUAUGGAUGGACGAGUUCGCUGAACACAUCUACCAGCGCAGGCCCGAGUACCGGCACCUCUCAGCUGGAGACGUGGCUGCCCAGAAGCAGCUCCGUGCAAGACUCAACUGUAAGAGCUUCAAGUGGUUCAUGAACAAGAUCGCCUGGGACCUGCCCAAGCACUACCCACCUGUGGAGCCCCCGGCUGCUGCCUGGGGGGAGAUACGCAAUGUAGGCAUGGGACUGUGUAUGGACACGAAGCAUGGAGCCUCUGGCUCCCCACUGAAGAUGGAAAACUGCGUGCAGGGCCUGGGUGAGGCUGCAUGGAGCAGCAUGCAGGUGUUCACACUCACCUGGAGGGAGGAUAUCCGGCCCGGGGACCCCCAGCACACCAAGAAGCUCUGCUUGGAUGCGGUCUCGCACACCAGCCCCGUCACCCUCUAUGACUGCCACAGCAUGAAGGGAAACCAGCUGUGGAAAUAUCGCUCGGACAAGAGUCUGUACCACCCAGUGAGCGGCAGCUGUGUGGACUGCAGUGAGAGUGAGCGGCGGGUCUUCAUGAGCACCUGUGACCCUGCCUCGCGCACCCAGCAGUGGGUGUUCCAGUUCGUCAACGCCUCGGUUCUGGAGCAGUUCAGCAGGUCCUGAGCCGCCCAGCUCGGCCUUCUGCCUGGAUGACAGCAGCGGGCUCCUGUGAGAGGCUGCCCAGACCCUGCGGCACGGCUCCUGUCUGGUGCUGGCAUUGCUGGAAAGUGAGCCAGCAUCCCCCAGAAUCGGUUCUGCAGGCGCACGAAGGGGACCACCCCUCACAGAGCUGACCUAGAGAAGGAGUCUCAAGUGGCCUGAGGGGGCUGGUGGCAGCUAG